GGCAGGGGGAGGAGGCGGAAGCGGCUGUGCCGGCACCGCCUGCCGCGGCCGGGCGCGGCGGGGCCGGGCCGGGCGCCGCCAUGCCCCGGGACAACAUGGCCUCCCUGAUCCAGCGGGUGGCGCGGCAGGCGCGGAUCACCUUCCGCAGCCCGGCGGGGCCGGCCUUCGGGGAGAACCUGCACCGGCUGCAGCAGCUGCUGGACGAGGUGCGCGCCGAGGACUUGCACUUGGCGCCGCGGGGGCCGUCGGCAGCGGCGGCGGCGGGCGGGGGUCUGCCGUGGUCCGGCGUGGUGCCUCCCGUCAGCUACAUGCACAUCUGCGAGACGGAGAGCUUCAGCAUGGGGGUGUUCCUGCUGCGGAGCGGCGCCUGCAUCCCGCUGCACGACCACCCGGGCAUGAACGGCAUGCUGAAGGUGCUCUACGGCACGCUGCGCAUCGCCUGCAUGGACACGCUGCCCCCCGCCGCCACCGCCGCCGCCCCGCCGCCCGCCGCCGCCGGCGGGCCCUGCCACCGCGCCCUGUUCCGCUCCCGCCAGCACUACACGCCGGCCUCCCCGCCUUGCCUCCUCUCGCCGCACACCGACAACCUCCACCAGAUCGACGCCGUGGACGGGCCCGCCGCUUUCCUCGACAUCCUGGCGCCGCCCUACGACCCCCAGCACGGCCGGGACUGUCACUACUACCGCCUGCUGGAGGGGCCGGCGGCCGGCGCCGAGCCCGCCGGGCUGCCGCGGGAGGUCUGGCUGAUGGAGACCCCGCAGGCCGCCGACUUCUGGUGCGGGGGAGAGCCCUACCCCGGGCCCCGCGUCUGCCUCUGAGCCGGCGGCGGCCCGGGCCCGGUGGCGGCCGUUGGGACCGUUGGGACGGUUGGGACCGUUGGGCCGCCUGCCCGGGCGGCCUUCACCCCGGGCCCGCCUCACGGACCGGCCUGCCGGGGCCGCUGCGAGUCACGGACUACUUCUUCUCCUUCAUCCCGCAGGCCUGCCCGGCUUUGUGAGUGGGGGGCAAUAAAGCGGCGCCAGAGCGUGUUUUAUUUCCUUUGGGCUGAUGUGGAGGAGCGGCACGGAUGAACUCCUGCUCAACGGAAUGCCUGGGGAGGCGGGGGGGGGGAAGGAAUCAUCCAGCAUCCUGUGUAAAUAGUUCAGGGGCCGCGCGUCGGCGAGGGGGGACCGGGCCCCGGCAGGGAAAGCAAACGCAAUAAGAAUCGUGGCGGGGCACCCCGAGUUCCCCCGGCGGAGUGCGGCCACCAAGCCCGGUCUGGUGGCAAGCUCUGGGGACUCCGUCUCCAGAGCGGGUCUCCACAAGAGCUGUAACCCGCCAGCAAAAAACAGACCCAGAACAACUCCUGAGCCAGGACAGUGCUCCUCCGGGGAUCCCCAGGGCUGGAGUUAAGGGAAUUCCCACUCCAAAGGGACGCUGUCAGGUUCAGAAUUACUUUUUAACAGUUAUUUGAAGCGUUGCAUAUAACAUCUCACUAUUGCAACUGCGAAUGACAGAGUACGUCUAUGCAUAUUUCCUUCAGCUAGGAGAAGGAGACUAGUCAGCUGCUAAUUAACCUCGCUUGGAACCUCUCACGCAGCAGUGGUGGAGGGUAGCGGAAACUGUGGGCAUCUUAAGAGAAAAAAAACAACUAUCCAGUGUUGUGUCGUGGAAGCUAUUGUAGAAACAUGACGUAUUUGCAAACCCUAUAUCUCCAGCGACGCACAUACCCUAGGUACAGAUAAGAUUUGACCUGAUGUCUUCUCUUUAAAGUGCGGCCUGUGUUUUUAUAAGGACAAGUGAACGCUUUGGGCUUUUGAAGCCCUGCGGUUUCCCUCUUUAUACUAUUUAUAAAGACUGCUUUUUCAUAAGGCUUUUAAAUAAAUGUAGCGUAGAAGACACACCAUGAAUUUCGCCUUGCUAUGAUGGAAGCGGUCUGGAGAUGUGGUUUGUCCACGGCAGGGGAUGUGAUGGGAUCUUUCUAACAAGGGAGAAGCCUUUCCUAUAGGUGAAGUACUCCCGUCUGUUCUGCAGGGACUGGUCUCAUGCCCAAUCAUCCUAACGCACACUUCGUACCACAACCCCAGGCCAGGGCAGCCUUGGCCCUCUUGGUCACCAUGUGGGAAUUUGAAUAAGAAAACACGACUUACCAUCUUCCUAAGUGAUGUACCAACCUGCUCCAGAAACGGUUCCACAACUAGCUUUAAUUUUUCUUUGUGUAUUUAUAAAAGCAGACUUGUUUUUCCUGUACAGUAGCUUGUAUGUCUGAAUUUUUAAAUGAUUCUGAUAUGGCAUUGCUCUUUUUUUUUUCUUUUUUUUUUUCUGCGAAAGAACGAAUGUGAAAUACAGUCAGCAUUAUGCAUGCACAGAUUAGUUCUUUUGCAGGAAAAAUUGGUGGAAAUUAUUUCAGGAGAUUUUCCAUUUAUUCUUGCAGCACUUUAAAGCGUCUCAUAUUUCUGCAGCUGGCUUACCUGUUUUUCUUGGAAUUCCCCUGCAGCUUAGCAUUAGUUAAUGUGCAACAAUUCUCUAUCGAACGUAGUCAUUAACUAUAACGCAAUGCCUCCCUGUGUUACAGCCUGUUUCUGACUCUCUCCGAUGCUAAUGAAGACCAUCAUCCUUUUUCAGAUGUCCACAAAGAAGAGAGUGUGGUGCAUGCAAACAGCUGUACUGGAAAAACAAACUGUGACAGAGAGCAUUUUUUAUCUCGUCUGUUCUGUCCUCCCCUUAGGUCUUUCUGCUUGGUUUUUAUUUUUUUUUUCUCCAUGUGUAAAACCUAGUCGAGGUGUUCAAUGGGAUAGGACUUUAACGCAUCUUUCCGUAGAGGACAGCACAGUCCCUUACACUGCGGAGCGCUGUUAAAAACUGUGGCAAAACCUUUUUCUUUUUUAAUAAAGGAGUUAGCAUCAAAGUAUUAAAGCCAGGGAAAAUAGCAAAGAAAACCUGAGAUGCAUUAAAGAAAAGCCUCUUUGUGUAACUUCUUGCUUACUCAGUAACUGAAACUUACUUCAUGUGUUCUGGAUAUCUGUAAGCAGAAGGUUUAAGUCUGUAAUGCCGUUCCUUCUCUCUGCAGUCUGGUUAUUGUGGUUUCACAACAGCAAAAUUACUGUUAUUGCUGAAUUAUAGAAUAAAUACAAGAUAUCUCA